AUGUCGGCAGCGGGAGAUGUCCUUCAGCCUCUGACCAUGGGCGUUGAGUGGGAGUUUGUCCUUCCUCUUCGAAUACAGCGGCAGGGGGAAGGCAUCGACGUACUACGACGAGACAACCUUGGGGUCAUCAUCAUCCCGUACGACUACCACGGAGACCUCUUGAACUACUGUCUGAGGUCCAUAGUCAAGGAGUUGCGGCGCAAAGGGUUCGAUAUGAACGAUGUGGACGAAUUUAACACGGCAGCGUUUCCAGAGGGGCCGACUUUGCCCUCGCCACACGCGAAUAACUCCGUUGAUAUGCUCUUCCAUCGUUGGGGCCUUGAAGAGGAGACUGUCUCUCUGCCGGUGCACAUACAACAGACACUCCGGCGUGAACGCUACAUAUUGACGCGAGGCGCAGAGUUGGUCACACCAGCAUUCUCUGCCACGCCAGUCAACUUCAUGGAGAUUGAAAGAAUGGUGAGCUCGGUCCUGUCUUUUCUUAAACCAUUCAAUGAUGACUCCUGUGGAUUGCAUGUACAUGUUGGCAGUGGGCGUAGCGGUUUGCCUGAUGAUGCGGUUAGGAAAAUCGCGUGCUUACUGUGGGCGGUUGAUCCGAUCCUAUACAGGCUGCAUACGGAGCAACGCCACGACGUCAAUUUCGCCCAACGCAAUCGUUAUCGUUCCAAUCUAGCCCGAGGCAUGACUGCGGCAGUUGCGAAUACAGCUAUUGACGUGACCUUGGAUUUUGUAAACUUCGACCGGGCUACAGAUCCAUGCGGUAUCAUCGAAGGGGUAAGGGAGCUCAUCAAGUGCAAGAACUCGGGUGCCGUAGCCCGACUCAUGUCCACAGGCAGCCGUAAUGCGGCAUACAACUUCGGUUAUUACCUGAUGUACUACAACUUCAAGCCUACCAUUGAGUUUCGGCAGGCCGGCGGGACAUUGAAUGGUAAGUGGAUGAGACUAUGGGCUCAGAUUUGCGUUAGGAUUUGUGAAUAUGCUGCUCGAGAGAUGGCUGACGAUGACCUAUACGAGAUCGCGGGGAAAUGCGAAGAAGUCGAGGCAUGGGAUCAAAGUGGGCUUGAAGAAAAUCAGAGGAAGAUUGACGUUUACACUUCCACAUUUCUCUCCGACAUAGGGCUGGCUGAGGCUGCACAGUACAUUCUGACAACCACGCCGACACAGCGAACGCAUGGGAAUGAUUUAGUUUGA